CAAGCAAAAUGAAGUAAAGCUAACCUCGUCUCGUUUCGUGCAGUCGAAGCACGUGUUUGUUUUUAUUUCUAAACAUUGUAUGCAUGUUUUAAAAGUACAUUGUUCUUUGUGAAUAAUUAGUAUAAAUUUCAUCGAAGAAGUUAAUCGUUUUAAUAUAAAUAAUGACAGAAGUAAUUCAACCCGGCACCGAAGUGUUUUCUGAAAAGAAGAAAAAGAAAAACAAAGAUGCUGUUACAUUAGGCGCAUUUCAGAAGAUAGGUGACUUCAAGAUUGAGCCAUCAGAAGCGGUGUCAAAGCUAGAUACAGCCUACUGGCCUCUAUUACUUAAGAAUUUCGAUCGCCUUAACGUUAGAACUAACCACUACACUCCACUGCCUUUUGGACACUCUCCUUUGAAACGCCCUAUUUCGGAGUAUAUCAAGUCUGGAUUCAUUAAUGUAGACAAACCUAGCAAUCCAAGUUCUCACGAGGUGGUCUCAUGGAUUAAACGAAUCUUAAAAGUUGAGAAAACCGGUCAUUCUGGUACUUUGGACCCCAAGGUUACUGGGUGCCUCAUAGUGUGCAUUGAUCGAGCCACGCGUCUUGUUAAAUCUCAACAGAAUGCCGGGAAAGAGUAUGUGGCCGUUUUCAAUCUUCAUUCAGCGGUUGAGAACAUCCAGAAAGUUACCCAAGGUUUAGAGAAGCUUAGGGGUGCAUUGUUCCAGAGACCUCCAUUGAUAUCUGCAGUUAAACGGCAACUUCGCGUCCGUUCAGUAUAUGACAGUAAACUGCUUGACUAUGACCAAGAGAAGAACAUCGGAGUAUUUUGGGUGAGCUGUGAGGCUGGCUCCUAUAUCCGUACGAUGUGUGUACAUCUAGGUUUAAUGCUUGGUGUUGGUGGUCAGAUGAUUGAACUCAGACGUGUACGGUCUGGAAUCCAAGGAGAGAAGGAAGGUAUGGUCAGCAUGCAUGAUAUAUUAGAUGCACAAUGGGCUUAUGAAAAUCACAAAGAUGAGACAUAUAUAAGACGAGUUAUUAAACCAUUGGAAGGACUUCUUAUUGCUCAUAAAAGGAUUUUUAUUAAAGAUAGUGCUGUGAAUGCUGUAUGCUAUGGUGCUAAGGUUUUAUUACCAGGUAUUCUACGGUAUGAAGAUGGAAUUGAAAUUGAUCAAGAAAUUGUUAUAGUAACUGCUAAAGGUGAAGCAGUUGCACUAGCGAUUGCUCUUAUGACAACAUCAACAAUGGCAUCCUGUGAUCAUGGUGUAGCAGCUAAACUCAAAAGAGUGAUAAUGGAGAGAGAUACAUAUCCAAGAAAAUGGGGUCUAGGACCUAAAGCCUCAAAGAAAAAAACACUUAUACAGCAGGGGAUGUUAGAUAAGUUUGGUAAACCAAAUGAAAACACUCCAAAAGAAUGGUUAAACAGUUAUGUAGAUUACAAAGUGAAGAAAGAGGAAAAUGGUAAUGCUGAUAAUCCUGAUGCUGAGGACAAUUGUAGAAAAAGAACAGCUAGCACAGCCAAUGCUGAUAAUCCAAAUGAUUCAACUGAAAUAAAGGCUGAAAAGAAGAAAAAGAAGAAGAAGAAAGAUCGCGAGAGUCAAGCAGAAGUGGAAGGUGAAGCAACACCUGAAGCUGCGGUUGAAACGUCUGAGGUAGCUGAUGAUUCAGUCCGUAAAGAGAAAAAGAAAAAGAAGAAAAAAGACAAGGAACAAGAAAGAGAGGAGGAUGAAUGAAUAUUGUAAUAAUAAGCAUAUUUAGUCUAUAAGGAUAAAAUUAUGUUUUUAUUUUUGAAGAUAUUAAAUGAAAACAGCCA